CCCAGAUUAAAAAUAUAUUAAUGUCAAUGUCACAGCGUGACAGAUUCGUUUGUCAAUAUUUUAUGAAAACGUCUGUGAGUUAUAAUGGAAAAAAUUCCAGACCAGAUUGGUUACUUGGUAUUGACGGAGGACGGCGCCGUCCUAGAGUCUGGGGGCGAACUCGAAAACGACGAGCGUGUUGCAACGAUAAUCACUGAUCUCAUCACUUUGUCUAAUAAAGUCGACCCAGUUGCCUUUGGACCCAAUGAACAAUUUAAGAAAAUAUCCAUAACCUAUGAUGACCACUGGUUUGCUAUCUGCCUCUCAAACAAGAAAAUUUAUGUUGUAAAAAGAAGCAUUCAGACAGCUGCUGUGGAGGGGAACACUGUUAAUGUUUGAUGCUAACAUAAUACAAAAUGGGUCGGAACCUGUUAAUGAGUAGCCUUGAGAAUGCAUCUUUCAAUAUUUUAUUUCAAAUUUUAUUUCGAUGUGUCACCUUUAUUAUCAAUGCAUGGGUGAUAAGAAAUGUUGGACAUGAAGUCCUCGGUAUUAUGAAUGUAAGACUACUGCUUUUAGAAAGCACUAUUUUAUUUUUAAGCCGGGAACCAUUUAAUCGAGCUUGUUUAGGCCAAAAAGAUCAGUGUAGUUGGAGUCAUAUUAUCAAUCAAAUUUGGUUGUCAGUGCCUCUUAGUUGUGUAUUGUCUAUAAUAUUUGUAUAUGUUUGGCUUAAUUGGUUACCUCUGGGGCACCCUGAACAUGCUGCACAGUACACAUUUGGGUGUUGGAGUGUAGCACUCUCCUGUGUGUUAGAAUUAUGUUGUGCUAAUAUGAUGCUAGUAGCUCAAAUGUAUUGUUUUAUUAAAUUAAAAGUGGGCUUGGA